AUGGCUGCUGGAGACCCACCUGUAACUCUAUCUCCAAGUGACUCUGUAGUGAAAGGGUCAGAUAUACUUGAUAAGGGGUCAGCGUCUCCCGACGCGCAUGAUACUCCGAGCCCGGUGGUACAUGCGAUAAGUAUACAAUCCGGGCUUAAAGCGAUCCCAAGGCUGGCAAAUAAAAUGUGCUCGCAAGCCAGGGUAAUUGCUCGAAACCUAUCAAGGGAAACGGCCUUCUGCAUGCGCGGCAAGAUAUUAGCCGUAUCAGCGUGGAACGUCAGAACGCUUAUGGACGCUGCAAGCCAAGCGAUCAUUGUCCACACCCUGUCUAAGUAUCGUGUGGAUAUCGCUUGCUUGUCGGAGGCCCGCCUUCCUCACUUUGAGUCUCGAACAAUUAUUAAUCCUGGUUCAGAACAGAGAUACUGGCUAUAUCACUGUGAUGCUUCGAAUAACUCGGGACGAAAUGACGUAGCGAAUGUUAUGUCUGAAAAGGCAUAUUCCGCUUUGUUUGAGUGGAUAAGUCAUCAGUGCCCAACUCUGUCGGCAAAUGAUCGAGAUAAAGAAGAUAAAGAAAAUAAGUUCUACGCGGAACUUCAACUGCUAACAAAGUCUCUACCGAAACAUGAUAUGAUCAUAAUGGGGAGAGACUGGAAUGCUCGCGUAAGUCAUAAUGCAGCUGCGAUGACCUCAACAAUUGGCAAAUAUGGUAUCGGAGCAAGAAAUCACUAUUGGAGUGACAUGGCGAUCCUCAACAAUGGAGGCAGCAAGAAAUCACUAUUGGAGUGA